CACUCACCAAACUCCUAAAGACUUGGCAUCAUUUGCAGAGAGAGACAAAGAGAGAGAAUGGGGAAAGAGAUAGUGAGCGCGGACCAGGAGAUCCAGAGAUGGCUGCCGGAACCCUCGUACCCCUCGACGCCGGCGUCGGGGCACCAGCCGAAGCUGCCGCUGCUGUCGCUGAACCACGUGUCGUUCGUGUGCCGGUCGGUGGCCGAGUCCGUGAGGUUCUACGAGCGGGUCCUCGGCUUCGUCCUCAUCAAACGCCCUUCCUCCUUCGACUUCGAAGGCGCUUGGCUCUUCAACUAUGGCAUUGGCAUCCAUUUGCUUGAAGCGGACGAUGUUCAGACGAAGAAAGGGGCGAUAAAUCCCAAGGACAACCACAUCUCCUUCCAGUGCUCCGACAUGAAGCUCGUGAUGAAGAAGCUCGAAGCGAUGAACAUGGAGUACGUGACCGCGGUCGUCGAGGAAGGCGGCGUCAAGGUCGAUCAGCUCUUCUUCCACGACCCGGACGGUUACAUGAUCGAGAUCUGCAACUGCGACAACUUGCCGGUCCUUCCCCUGUCCUCCUGCCCUCUCAAGCUCCCCAAAACCAGCAAGGACCCGUCGCCGUCCGCACUGUAUGGUAAGUUUGAGAAUCGGAGUUUGGACUUGCAAUGCGCCAUAGAAGUCGCGAAUCAGAUGAUGGACAACUUGGUGAAGAACAUGUUCGACAUCUCAAUCUAGGAUUCGAUGCCGAAGCGAAUUUUGCCGAGAAAUUCGAAGGAACCCUUUUGUGUAUAGAAUUUGCCAAGUCUCUCUCAGUGCAGGUUGCAAAGUGAGUGUAAAGAUUUGAAAAAUAAGGACAUGUGCCACAGUCUGAAAAUGUACACGCAAAUUCGAUCUUUGUUUCAAUUAGUAGUGUCUGUCGUGUAUCCCCAUUUUGGCUAAAGCUUCAUAAGCUUUUAUUUUGUGCCCUAGGGUUUGUCGAUUCCAUUAUUGUAGCUUCAAAUUAUAAGUGAUAUUCA